CCUCUCACACAUUAAGACGCGCGUAGCUCAUUUUAGCAUUAUUACCAGCCGCAUUUCCACAUUACAAAUGUAUCGUGCCAAAAAAUACAGACGGAGAAAUGGCGUUUUCAAAUUGUUUGUCACUUCCUCUCGUGACGUCACUGUGUUUGUGUUGAGCAGCCACACAGGCAGAUUAGCCACAAACCUGCAGCUGUUUUCACUUCGUGCAGGUACCGCUUUAACACUUGACUGUCUUUGAUUAUAUCAUUUACUUUGUGCUUUUGCUUUUUUUAUGGUGCAGUAACGUUUAGGAAGUUUUGAAGCCAUCUGAUCUCUGCGUGGCAUCACCCGGUCUGGGUGAAAUGUCCUUUAGUUCCACAUGAGCUCUACUAUGUGGUACAUCAUGCAGAGUAUUCAGAGCAAAUACUCCUUGUCCGAGCGGCUCAUUCGAACCAUAGCAGCCAUUCGCUCCUUCCCUCAUGAUAAUGUAGAAGACCUUAUACGCCGGGGGGCAGAUGUGAACCGGAUGCAUGGAACACUGAAGCCGCUGCACUGCGCUUGUAUGGUGGCCGAUGCCGAUUGUGUGGAGCUUCUGCUGGAGAAAGGUGCUGAGGUAAACGCCUUGGACGGCUACAACCGCACCGCCCUUCAUUACGCAGCAGAGAAAGACGAGGGUUGUGUGGAGCUGCUUCUGGAGUACGGUGCCCACCCAAAUGCGCUGGACGGCAACAAGGACACCCCUCUGCACUGGGCCGCCUUCAAAGAUAACCCAGAGUGUGUACGGGCCCUUUUAGAAAGCGGCGCCUGCCCGAACGUCCGCGAUUACAACAACGACACACCUCUCAGCUGGGCAGCGAUGAAGGGAAACCUAGAGAGCGUUCGUGUGCUCCUGGAAUACGGCGCUCUGGUUCACGUCACCAACUUAAAGGGCCAGACGCCCAUCUCGCGGCUGGUGGCUCUGCUGGCUCGCGGUUUGGGCACGGAACAGGAGGAGGAGUGUCUGGAUCUGUUGUGCCGUGCUGCUGGGAGGUUCGAGAUCCGCAGAGCCGAUGGCUCAUUACCUCGUGAGCUCAGUAAAGAUCCUCAAUUACUGGCCCGACUCACUAGCCUGGUAGCCCAGCCACCUUCAUUGCGAGCCUUGGCCCGUUGUGCUGUCCGCAGCAGCUUAGGAGUGCAGUAUCUCCCGUCUGCUGUCAAACAGCUUCCCUUACCAGAGUCUGUUAAAGAAUAUGUGCUCCUGAGAGACUGAGACGUGAAUUAGGCAUAGAUGUUUUCCAUGUAUGUGAACAUGUGAUUGUAAACCGGACUCUGAGCUGAAAUCUGGUUGUCUAUAUAGGAGACAGUGGGUAAACAUGUCAGGAAGUGGCCCGUUUUUUUAUUAUUUGCUAUAAUAAUGUCAUCAAACUAAUUCAGAAUUGGGUUUGUGUGGAGAAAUGUCGGUGUGUUCGGCGAGAGGAUUAAUAAUCAGCUUAAUACAGCAGGUGAUGAUCAUAUAUGAAACACUCUAAUCGCAAAAAGAUGGAAAUCAUUAACACUUUAAUAGCACUUAAGUUAUAAUCGUCAUGUAUUAAAUUUGUGUUUCAUACUACUUUGUUUAAUUUUUAUUUAUGCCGGAGGAUUUGGUGGUUUUACACUUGAUAACCGAAGCCUUUAGAUUAAGUUUUAAACUCAAAUAAAUAUCUACUUUUUUUUGUUUGUGUUAAGUCAUUUUAUAAGUUAAACUUUUUAAGUUAAAACUGAGCAACAUCAUUUUACAUUUAUUUACUUUUUAAGCAGAUUUCAAAACAACAUAUUAUUUUUUGGCCAUCAAUCACAAUCAUUAUUAUAAAUAUUGCUCAUGUAAACAACUUUACUACCUGAUUUAGAGUGUUGGAUUGCAUUACUUUUGUUUUGUUUGGUGCUGAUGACUUGCAGAUGAGCUCUGCUUUUACGUUUGAGGUGAAAACAUAAAUCGUCUGUGUCAAUAUUGGGAUUGUUCAUUUUAUUUACUAUGUCAUGUUAGCAUGAUCAUUCCAGAUAUUGGCAGACCGUAUAUAGGAUGUCUUAAAUUAAUACAGGUCAACUUGUGUCACAUCCUGUGAACCCCAAGAGAUUUUUCGCAGCUGUUCUUUCUGUUUUCUUUUCUCUGUUGUUCUAUUGCUAAGACGUAUGUAGUGCUUACAUCUAGUUUCAUGCAUGCAGACUAACCAGUAAAAGCCUCCAUGCAUUGUUCAAGUGUUUUACUGCAGUUAUUUCCUUAAAAAAAUAGAAGUGAAUGUUUAAGUGCACAUGUAAUUGCUUCACCACUAACAUAAAAACUUUAUACGAGCUUUGUGUUUAUAAUUGUAACCAGUAGAGGGCACCAGAAUACAACUUGAUUGAAAUCAGUCAGAUAAAGCUAAAGAAAUAUGCCUUGUUUGUAAAAUUAAAACAAUAAAACAACAUUCUAAUUUUA